AUGGCUGCUAGGGCGGAACUCGGCGGCGUCCCUCCCUCCCCGCUUCCCUCCCUCCUGCCGGCCUCCGCUCCCCGCGGGGGCGGGGACUGUCACGGCCCUAUCCGUGCCGCGGGGCCGGCUCGGGCCGUGCGGUGCGGGACGGCCCUGCGGCUGUCCUGCGGGCCCUGCGGGGGCAGCAGCGCUGGGGCGGCCGGGGGACGCAGACCCACACGCCGUGGAGCCGCCUCGGAGCUGGGGUGGCUCCAGGGGCGGUGUGAGGAGGGAGAUGCCGUGACCUCGCCCAGCAGCACCGUCGGCCCUGGAGAGCGCUCCGGGUUACCUGCCGUUACCCGCCGUGCCCCGCCGGCCUCCACGGGCUGCUGCCCGCCGGAGCUCGCUCCUUGCCUCGGGAGCGCGAGAUUUGUCACUGUGGCCAGGGCACUAACAGCGGGCUCUGGGGGCUGUCACAGUCUCUCUGCCUCACACAGGCAAGGCAGGCAAGUCCAUGCUCAGAGAUUGUACCCUCGCCUGGGAGCACAAGAAGAGCUCCAGCAGCCACGAGGCGGGAAACGCAAGCUCCACCACCCUGUGUCACAGAGUAACCCGGGACAGCGACCCCUGUCCUUAUUCCAUAAGCUGCCUCUAGGGAGGCCACCCGGGCCCGCCGAGAGUGCCGGGCCGGCCCUGCCCCCGCCGGGCGGGCAGCGGAACGGAACAUGGCGGGGCCCCUCCAGCCCGCGCUUCCCCGCCUUUCCCCGCGGCGGCGCGCAUGCGCGCUGUGCGGCGGUGAGGCCGUAUCCCUCCGCGCGCCCCUUUUCCCUCGAUGUCUGUGUUAAUAAGGUAAUUCCCGCGCCCAUGGUAAGUGCCGGGCGCCCCUCCGGGCCCGCCCGGGGCGCCCCGCGCCGCCUCGCGCCCGCCCGCGCGCCCGCGGCGGGGCAGAGCCGCGCGGAGCCGCGCCACUCCCCUCCGCCCGCCGUGUCCCUCCGCCGGGCGCGGCGCGGACUCUCGUGUGGGGCUCUCGGCCUGCGGAGCCCCGGGUCGGUGCGGCGGCGGCGGCGGCGGCCGGGCCGGCAGCACGGUAAGGGCCCGUCCCCGCGCCCCGUCUCUCCCUCACCCCCCCCGGGCCGGCCAAGCUUUUCCAGGUCAGUCUGCGCCUUUGUAUAG